CAGUGGGCUUUGUACACAACCAAACGGCUGGUAUCUUUAAUGAUAUUAACGCCAGAGAUAUUAUAUUGGUUAUCGGUAAUACGAUCCCAAGUCCAGAUCGCUGCCAGUGGUAUAUGGGACAUCCAAGUUGGCACACAUGGUUAUCGGUAUAUGCAAUGAUAUAAUCCCAGUUUGAUUUUGCCUACAGUACAGUUCGUUGUUUUUGCAAUUGUGCCACAUCACACAUUGCAGUCACAUUUGAAGGUAAAGAAAGACAGGCCCGACAACAACCUCUGCUACAGACAACCUCCACCCCAUUGAGUUGUCUACUAUGACAGACUUUCACCUCAGAGGUACCGGGCUCGAGGACCACAGCCUCCUGAAUGAGGACCAAGUCGUCACUAAAAAGAGACACCAACUCACGGGAGGCACCGAUCGACCCUCACGGAGACGCCGUCGGAUUUGCACAUCGUGCCGGUGUUGGAUCGUCGUGGCUCUGCUCUCUGCCAUGUGGCUGGCAUUCUUCGGUCUCUGGUUGUAUUACAGCUACUUUGCCAUUCCUUCUUCGGGCAAGCCUGGUGCUGGGGAAGUUGGGCAUAACACGGAGGCAAUGCUGGUUGUGUUGCCCGAGUCUCUCGCUGAUGAAACGGGGGCGUACUGCUUGGACGGAAGCCCACCGUCGUACUACUUCCGUAAUGCUUCUUCCCAAGAGCAUGACACUUCUUGGCUCGUCUUCCUCGAGGGUGGCGGGUGGUGUUAUAAUGCAACGCACUGCGCACAAAAGAGUGACACAUCAUAUGGGUCAUCGCGCAUGCUCAAUGCCAGCAAAGAGUUUAACGGUGUGCUAUCCGCUAAUUUCACGGUGAAUCCGGAUUUUUAUGACUGGAACGUGGCUGUUAUCAACUAUUGUGAUGGAGCAUCUUUUUCAGGAAAUCGUGAUCUUCCAUUUGAGGUUGGCAAUAAGACCAUUUACUUCCGAGGAACCCGUGUGCUGGAUGCAGUGAUCACACAUCUACUCUCAGCAGGCAUGGCGCAGGCAGAUCAAAUACUCCUGUCUGGUGCAUCGGCUGGAGGUCUGGCCGUGUUCUUGCAUGCAGACCACGUCAAGGAGCUGAUACCCGAAGAGGUAUCAUUCAAAGCAAUGGCGGAUGCUGGGUUCUUCUUAGACGAGAAAAAUAUCAGCAAUGAGGACAUGUGGCGCAACACGAUGAAAGGAGUGUACGAAUUGCAGGAAGUGCAAGGGAGCUUGGAUGAGGAUUGCCUUCUUGCUAAAGGCACCGAGAAAUGGGAAUGUUUCUUCCCUGAAUACGCCUAUCCCUAUAUCAACACGCCCAUAUUCAUCAUCAACUCUGCCUUCGACUACUGGACUCAGUUGCACAUCUUAAACCUCAACUGCAGACCCGGCCUCUGCGACGAAAAAGCCCAGGCAUUUUUCGAGGAUCAUCGGGAGCUUUUCUUACGACGCACGGACCAGGUGAACCGCUACGACAAGGAUGGCAUGUUCAUCUCGUCGUGUUACGCGCACAGCCAUGCGUACUACGACGCACCGUGGAUGAACUACAAAGUGAUUGGAGAGGAGACUAGGCAGGCGUUCGCUGACUGGUACUUUGGUAGGAGUACGCCGGCGAGAUCGCGAUACGUAGACUGCGACUCGAGUCUGAAUUGUAACCCGUCGUGUGCUGAAACGUGGGGAGCGGAGUACUUUAAUAGCACGGUGUGUUUGGUGUUAACUACGGACGAAUGUUUCAACUUAUUGCAUUAAAGCUUAUAGUCAUUAAAGCCAUUGUACACUUUCGGUAAACGGUAUUGU